AUGAGUGGGAUUUCAUUUAUUGAUACUGCCUAUAAGUCAAACUAUUGUAGAAAAAAGUUAGCAGUAUUUCAGAUUUCGAUCGUGAGACAAUCGCAGAAUUUGGUUAAAAGUAGUGUUAAACUUGGAGGCCUUGAUAAAAAUGGUAUUCCACGAGUUGUAGAAAUAAAUGAAAGUCUAUUUUUUAAACAAAAAUAUAACUGUGAUAGGCUUAGAGAUGGUCAAUGGUUUGUAGGGGGGGCUGAGGAUGGUUCUAAAAAGUGUUUUAUGCUUCCUGUUGAAAAUAGAAAUGCGGCUACCCUGGCUUAA